AUGGGUAUAUCCGACCUAGUUGAGAAAGAGUGUCAUACGACGAUGCUCCACAAUGAUAUGGACAUUUCUAGACUUAUGGUGUAUGCUCAAUCUAUUGAGAAGUCCAAACUUAAGAGAAAGGGUAGGGAGUUGAAAAUGGGUAGUUUCGAUGAGCAAGGUCAACCUAGGUUAAAGAAGAGAUAUCCUAACCAAGAUUCUUCUAGUGCUCCUAAGGCUAAUGAGGAGAAACACGGUGGAAUUCAAUCUUCUAAGCUUCUUUGUACCACUUGUGGGAAGAGGCAUAAUGGAAAGUGCUUAGUCGGUACUAGUGGGUGCUAUGGUUGUGGAAAUCCUGAUCAUCAAGUGAGGAAUUGUUCUACUUUUACGGCUAGAGGAAGGGAGGCCAAACAAGCUUCUUAUGUUGGCCUGAAUCCUAAUGCUCCAAAGAAGAACCGUUUCUAUGCUCUUAAAGCUAACAAGGACAAAGGAGCUAAUCCGGAUGAAGGCACCAGUAAGUUAUAG